AUGGCCCCAGAAUAUGCAUUGUAUGGACAUUUCUCAGUAAAAUCAGACGUAUUUAGUUUUGGUGUCCUUCUUUUAGAGAUAGUGAGUGGCCAGAAGAACGGUAGCUUUCAAGACGGUGAAAAUAUAAAGCAUCUUUUGAGCUAUACAUGGGAAAACUGGACGAAAGGAACAAUUGCAAAUAUUAUAGACCCAAUAUUGAGUGGAACUUGCAUUGAUGGAAUCAUAAGAUCCACUCAUCUAGGAUUAUUAUGUGUUCAAGAAGAUGCAGAUAGCAGACCAACCAUGGCUUUUGUUGUUCUCAUGCUGAAUAGCAACUCCUUCACUCUUCCUGCACCAACACGGCCUGGAUUUUUGCUGCAUAGUAGAUCAUCGAACAUUGCACAGCAAUUUAAUUGCUCAGAAGGUUCUCAAUUUAGCCCAUCUGCGAGCAAUUCUAUUGAAGAAGAAUCAUCAAACCAGUUUAACCCAUAUUCUAGGGACUUGGAAUGA